UAUUGUAGCCUGCUUGCUUCAUGGAAAGACAUGCUACUACGAGAUGUGUCCACCUCCAUGCCUUCCUCCUCCUCGUGCUCGUGCACACCAGCCUUGCAGUCCGGUGCCCACCUGACCAGGCCUUCGCGCUUCUCCGGCUGAAACACUCCUUCCAGCAGCCGCUCCUGCCAUCCUGGCGCGCGCGCACGGACUGCUGCCGAUGGCAGGGCGUCUCGUGCGACGCCACCUCGGGCCGGGUUGCCGCGCUCGACCUCGGUGACCAAGGCCUGCAGAGCCGGGGUGGCCUCCCCCGCGCGUUGUUCCAGCUUACCUCGCUCCGUCGUGUCGACCUCUCCGGCAACGACUUCGGCGGCGCCACCCUCCCGGCGUCCGGGUUUGAACAGCUCGCCGAGCUCACCCACCUCAACCUCUCGAGCACCGGCCUCGCUGGCCAGAUCCCCGCCGGCAUUAGCAACCUAACGAAACUUGUAUCGCUCGAUCUCUCGUCCAACAACGGUUUGUCCGGAGCGAUCCCCGAGUUCUUUGCCGAGCUCCGCUCCCUGGCCAUUCUUCAGCUCUCCAACAACGUCUUCAACGGAACGUUCCCUCGGGGGAUUUUCCAGCUAAAGGGCCUGAGGGUGCUCGACCUGUCAGGCAACUCCGAUCUGUCCGGCGAAUUGCCGGGGCUCCCUCCCGGGAGUUCGCUCGAGGUUCUGGACCUGAGCGUGACCAAUUUUUAUGGCCGAAUACCGAGCUCCAUCAGCAACCUGAAGCUUCUGAAGACUCUGGACAUGAGCGGUAGCAACGGCCGUUUCUCUGGUGGCCUCCCGGCUUCGAUCAGUGAUCUUAAAUUCCUAAGCUUUUUGGAUCUGAGCAACAGCGGGUUCAGAAUCUGAGAAUUCCCGGCAACAGUCGGCAGGCUGCAGUCCUUGUCCACGCUGCGGCUGCAGGACUGUGGCAUUUCAGGUGCAAUACCGUCCUCUAUUCUGAACCUCACACGCUUGAGCGAGUUGGACCUCUCACAGAACAAUCUCACCGGAGGAAUACCCAUGUACAGGAAAGGAGCAUUUCUGAACCUAGAGACGCUGGAGCUAUGCUGCAACUCUCUUUCAGGGCAAAUCCCAAGCUUUCUCUUCUCGCUCCCUCGACUGAAGUUCAUAUCACUUAUGUCUAACAAUUUUGAAGGUCCCAUCCAAGAAUUCUCCUAUCCAUCUCCGUCGCUAGCAUCCAUUUACCUGAACUACAACCAGUUAAAUGGAUCAGUACCCAAGUCUUUCUUUAGCCUCACGAGUUUGCAGACCCUCCAACUAUCUAGAAACGGUUUGAGCGGAACAGUGCAGCUUACCUCAUUCUGGAGGCUCACCAAUAUAAGUAACCUCAUCCUGUCAGCUAAUACACUGACAGUGGUAGUGGACGACGAAGAUUACUUCAACUCCUCUCCCUCUGCAAUUGUCCCUCCAAUCAAUUCUCUGGGGUUAGCCUGCUGCAACAUGACCAAGGUUCCUUCCAUACUGAAAUACGUCCUGGUCAAAGACCUCGACCUCUCAUGCAACCAAAUUGGUGGCUCUGUGCCUAAAUGGAUAUGGGCAGGGAGGAACGAGAACGUAGACGUGUUCAAGUUUAAUCUUUCGCGCAACAAAUUUACCGGCAUGGAGCUGUCUCUUGCUAAUGCUAGCGUAUACUUUCUUGACCUUAGCUUCAACAGCCUUCCAGGGCCUAUUCCCGUGCCCAUCUCUCCACAGUUCCUAGAUUACUCCAACAAUCAGUUCUCAUCCAUCCCACAGGAUCUGAUGCCCCGACUGAGCAGUUCUUUCUAUCUGAACAUGGCAAACAACACACUGCACGGAGGCAUCCCGCCUAUGAUCUGCGAUUCAAGAAACCUCGAGCUACUUGACCUGUCUUACAACCAUUUCAGUGGCCAUGUUCCUUCUUGUCUUGUAGAUGGGUAUCUGACCAUCCUGAAUCUAGGACAUAACCAUUUUCAGGGGACGUUGCCUGAUGACAUCCAGCGGGGUUGUGCUUCCCAGACGAUAGAUUUGAAUGGGAAUCAGCUUGAGGGGCUGCUUCCUAGAUCACUCUCCAACUGCCAUCAUCUGGAGGUCUUUGAUGUUGGGGGCAACAACUUUGCCGACUCUUUUCCUGACUGGCUGGGGAAUCUGACAAAACUUAGAGUUCUUGUGUUAAGAUCUAACAAAUUAUUUGGUCCUGUGGGGACAGUUCCUACCAACAGCCAUCAAAAUAGGACCCACUUCCAGAGCUUGCAGAUCAUCGAUCUUGCCUCCAACAGCUUCUCUGGAAGUUUGCAUUCGCAGUGGUUCGAGGAACUGAAAGCAAUGAUGGAUAUCAGAGAGAACGACGACGGGCGACAAGCAUUGGAGGACAACCUCUCGGGUAAGUUCUACCGAGACACGGUCGUGGUCACGUACAAGGGAAUAGCAAGGAAGUUCACCAGAAUCUUGACCGCCUUCACGGUCAUCGACUUCUCCGCGAACGCGUUCACCGGAAGCAUCCCCGAAUCAAUGGGAGAGCUAGCUUCGCUACGGGGGCUCAACAUGUCGCACAAUGCCUUCACCGGCACAAUUCCUCCUAAGCUCGGCCACCUGACGCAGCUCGAGUCGCUAGACCUAUCAUCCAACCAGCUCCACGGAGCGAUCCCAGAGGUGUUGGCAUCUCUCAACUCCCUUGCGUGGCUGAAUGUCUCCAGCAAUCAGCUAGAGGGGGCCAUACCACAGAGAGGGCAGUUCCUGACUUUUACCAUUGAUUCUUUUCAAGGAAAUGCAGGGUUAUGUGGUGAACCACUGUCCAAACAAUGCAAUUCAGGGGUCCCUUCCUCUGAGCAUGACAAAAACUCAGAUGAUAGGGUGGACACCAUUGUACUGUAUCUUGUUGCUGGAUCAGGGUACGGUCUGGGACUCGCGGUAGCAAUUCUAUUUCAGGUAGCCGGCAAAAGGUGGAGCCUGAACCGAAGAGUGAUGUACUGAACAUUUGACAGUGUAUGUCAUACUAUUGGAGUGACCAACGAGAUUAGAGUUGGUGUAGUCCAUCCAAACUAAGUGGUGUAGAUCCUAUAUGUGUGCUUUAGAACGCAUCAACAUUGUAAUAAUAUGGUCACAUGAAAUAAACAGUACUAUAAAACAUACCUAGUAGCAAGUAUGGCUAGAGUGUUGUCUUUCGGUGUACUUAU